UAAUUUAUUUGACCACUUACGUGCUUAACAAAGAUUUGCUUAAGGAUUUUCGUGAGCAAAUAUUUAAAGAAUGUCGGAAUCGGCAUGGAUUUGAAACCAGAAACUCAAGUCUUUAUUAACUCCGUGGAGCAAGUCGAGGAUUACACGGAAUAUACAAUAGAAGUUCACCAUAAUGGCUUUAUGUGGAAGAUCAAACAUCGUUACAGUGAAUUUAGGAAGCUACAUAAUGCGCUUCGAAACCACAAUCCUGAUCUUGAGAAAAAUCUUCUUCCUCCAAAGAAAAUCAUUGGAAAGAUGUCGACUUCAUUUAUCGACAAGCGGAGGGAGGAACUUGAGUUGUAUCUUCAAACUCUUAUGAGUCAGAAGUUUAGUGGAGGUGUUCCAAGAACUCUUGGAGUCUUUCUUGAUUUUCACCAUUAUGAGGUUGAACGACUUACACAAGAUUUAGCCAAAGAGUUAUUUGCAAUCGGAGAUUCUGUACUUGCCCAUGGGAAGAUGUAUGUCUUCACUCCAUUACAGUUAUGGGCAAUAUCUCAAAGAUUAACUGCUGAAAAACCAAAGAGUGAUGCUGAAAACCCGGAGUACGACUUUGGUCAUGUGCUCGAUUUUGUGCAGAAGCUACGUCAUUUACAUAUUCAAUGCCAGAGAGGGUUCAUCAAACAAAGUAACAUCGUUGCUCAAGAAUUAUCUUUUGAUCUUUCUCUCUUCCGAUCCUUGGAGCAGUUGACGAUGGAUCGGUGCGGUCCCGAGCAAGUGAGAGUCGUCUCUUGUCUUCGGAGGACUCUUAACACACUCAGUAUUCAUCACUCGUUAACUACAAUACAGAGUGUUCUGAUAGAGGAAGCUCAUGAAAAUCUUCCAACUAGUGAAGUAGAUCCCGCUUCAAUCUGGUCUAAACUGGUUACAGCAGACUUCAGUGAAAAUGAAAUUUCAGAGAUAGACAUUUCGGUGAGAUUGCUGGUUAUGGUGGAUUUUCUUGAUCUGAGCAAAAACAAGAUUUCAAAAAUUGAAAACUUGCAGUAUCUCUCCCAACUUGUGUUUCUUGAUCUAAGCAAUAAUGAGAUAGCGGAGAUAGAGUUGGCACACGCCAAACUUGGGAAUGUAAAAACCCUCAAUCUGUCGUGUAAUAAACUCAAAUCAUUGGAAGGUUUGGGGAAAAUGUAUUCACUGGAAGUGUUAGACCUGUCCAAGAAUCAAAUAAAUGAGAUACGAUCAGUCGACCACGUUUCUAAGCUGCCCUGCCUUACUAAGCUAAGUCUCCAAUCCAAUCCUAUAUCUGAAGAAGUAGAUUACCGCACAAAGACGUUAUCCAGGUUCGGCACACGGGCGGGGGAGAUUCUACUGGACGGUGUGACGUCAUCACAAAAAGAGCUAGACACGUCAUUCGUACUCUCCGCCAUACUACAGUCACGCCGUGCGUCGGAGGGCCGACAAAUCCACACUGAUAGAGGGACAAGUCCUGGGAGUGGGAGUCCUAUAUCUAAGAUAUUAGUCCCACGUAGAGUAAGCAGGCACCAGGUGUUAUCUGCUGGAGUGAUGUCAGCACCUGACCGCCUAAGCACAUUUUCAGCUACUAUGACGUCAUCAAGAGCACCUUUGCCGCACCCCAAUACCCCACAACAGAUAGCCAGUAGCUCCAGCAUUAAGAGUGGCUUGGUUACGAAACCGUUCGCCUCAGAUUUCUUACAAGAAACACAUUCGUCAAGCAGCAAUGCUGAAGAAAAAGCAGAAGAUUCCGAUUCAUCGGACAAUACGCAUAUCAAUUUCUCCGCGAAGCCGGAACUAGACAACGUAACUACUACACCGUUAGCAACAGAAACUAUAAACAGCCCACAGGCAAUCCCCGAAAUAUCUGACCCUAGUCCAGACCUUUCAGAAAUCGCACCACCCAGCAAAGCACCACUCGCCAAAGAAGAAGAAAUGUCAGAUCUUGGAACACCGACCGUGGAUCUAAUAUCUGAAUCCGAAACCUUAUUCCCGUCUCUACCAGACGAUACCUUACACCCUGUGCCAAUGGCAGAAGCUUCUUCUUUAGUUCAAGAACUAAAAACCGACCCUGUGUGUAUUAAAGCAUCAGAUAAUAUUAAUUUAUUACUUGACCAGGAACCAAUACAUCCUGAUUCUGUUAUCCCGACAAACGUGGAUACGUCUAACACGCAAGUAAAUGCACCAACUACGACCAUGGUUGACGAAACACAGACCAUGCGUGAUACAAACACGUUCAAAACAGAAAAUGCUCGUACUAAUACAAACAUCUCGAAUUCAGUAACCACCCAAACCCCCCCUUUUCCUGAACCCUCAAACCCCAUAACGCCCCCUAAUUCCCCCUUUAAACCCAUCUCAACCACGAGCCCCAUGUCCCGAAAAUCCCCCAUUCGAAUCAGCCCCUCGCAUACCCGCAGUAGGUCAACAGGGACAUUCCCCCCUCUAUCCCCAGCACUAACCCCUACCCUCACCCCUCUGAAACCCAUCGUUCCAUUUGAAGACCCAGCAUCGUUAAUGAACAAAGCAAUUCAAAACCGGGAAAACCCGGCACGGAAUUUGAUCUCUCGUUUAUCGGACCCGAGUUUAGCGCAAAAUACGGCCACAGUGUCUCCUUACUCCCGAAGGACUUCUUCCGGAAGACAGCAUCACCGUCGCUUCACCACUGCUCCUCUUCUAAACAUGAAGCUUUCCUCACCUGCCAUGCUGCAUCUCUCGCAUCAGCCGAAGUCCGCUCUCCUCCGCUACUUCCGGAGCUCAGUGAUGCUGGAAGACGAAGAGCUGCUCCACAUCACUUGGUGCAACACCAUCACACAAGAGGACUCGGACUCCAAUCCCACUUCAUGCGUCUUCAUCAGUUCAAAGGCUUUCUACAUUGUGUAUGACGACCGGGAAAACCCGCUCGAACCAGAUCACCAAAGGAGCUUAAAUUUUAAAGCAUUCCAAGCUGAAAAAUCUCUUUCAUACUUAAAGAAAGACACAUUUUCCUUGACAAACGGCCUAAAGCAGGUAUCUCUUGGUUUGUCAAACCUUUCGCUUGAAAUUAAAGAUCUGAGUAGCGGCAACUUUAUCAAACUACUGACACGAAGCACUUCUAUAAAUGACCUGCUAAUUAGAGGCUUGCUGGCUGCGUACGGUGUGGACGAGCGAAGUUUUCUUGCCGCGAAAUCCGAGGGUCGUGACUUUGAAUACCAGCCGGGUAAGGUCCGCUUCGUUUUUACCAACGAGAGAACCGUGAGCCAGCUCGAGAACUCCUUCGCCGAGUACCUCGGGCCGUACCGCGAGCAGUGUACAUCGAUGGUGUUCUACACAUCGGCUUGGCUGCGAACUCCCGCCGGCAUCGACCCAUUGUUUCCCGGCGGAGAGCAAUCGAAAUAUCUCGAUGUUCUCGCACCUGUUUCCAGUAGUAGCGCUGUGCAAAGCAACCGCAUUAGUCUUGAUAGCAACACAAUGACCGAUCAUAUGUCGCCACAAACCGACGUCUUGUCUCCAAAUAUUCCCCCCAAAAUAGCCAUCGGUUUGGCUAUUACAGCCGAAUAUUGUUUUCUCUUUACUGAAACACCGUCAUAUCGCAUCAUAGACGCCAUCUCGCCUCACGACGUGGCGGGCAUCGAGGUAUGUGACGUCAGCGGGUAUGACGUCACUAUCUCUUCCUGUAUGACAUCAUGGUCCCUCGAAUUCCGCGAUUACGCCGAACGGGAAAAAACGAUCGAGCAACUGUGCAAGCAAUACGCGAUGACUAUCGGCGGUGACUUGUGCAUUAAAAUAACUGAAGCUACCGAAAAGUGACGUCAUUUUGUUCUAAUUAAUGUCUAAUUAUAGCUUGAUCAGUUCCGCUUACAUACAUGUGCAAUUUUCAUCUUUCGCCUUCAUUGAAGUUAAAAUUCGCCGUUUUUUUUAUAAUUUCUUGUUUAUAUGAGUUCUGUAUAACUUUACAUUCGAAUAUAUUUACACUGUUUUCAGUUUCGUGAAAAACCAACUGCUAUAUACCCAUACACCCUCAUCUUACUUUGUUACUCACCCUCACACCUUCUUGUAGGUGUUGUGAUCUUGAUUUACCAUAAUAUUGUUUUAUUCUGCUUGAUUACACCUUUACCAACAAAAAGUUAAAGAGAAA